CCUGCACCCUGGAUCCCAAUACCUCAUGGACAUCCUGACCCUUUUGUAUCCAAGACAUCUGUGGCUCUGGAAUUGAUCUAUUUUGUCUCAUGAAGGAGACAAUUACAUGGUCAAAAAGCUGCUUGAUGAGAAAUUCAGUGAGCUGAAUAUAAAUUGUGUGGAUGUUCUGGGGAGGAAUGCAGUUACCAUUGCCAUUGAAAAUGAAAAUCUGGAUAUCUUGCAGUUUCUCUUGGAUCGUGGCUGCCAGACUACAGAUGCUCUACUUGUGGCGAUUAGCUCUGAAGUUGUUGGUGCUGUUGAUAUUCUUCUCAAUCAUCGUCCCCGACGUUCAUCCAAGCCAACUAUAGCAUUCCAGAUGUUUACAGAAGAAUCAAUGUCGAUUUUGUGUAACACAAGCAAGUACAGACCGUUGAUUGAUCCUUUCCUUUGGAUUGAACAGCAACACUAUACAAAAUUAAUGCAGAGAAUUCAGAAUCCCGAAUAUUCCACUACAAUGGAUGUGGCUCCUGUUAUCCUUGCUGCUCAUCGCAAUAACUAUGAGAUCCUGACUAUGCUACUCAAACAAGACCUGUCAUUGCCAAGACCACAUGCAGUAGGAUGUGAAUGCACACUGUGUAAUGCAAAGAACAAAAAGGAUAGCCUGCGCCAUUCUAGGUUCCGUCUUGAUAUCUACCGCUGCCUGUCUAGUCCAUCACUGAUCAUGCUUACAGAGGAGGAUCCUAUACUAAGAGCCUUUGAACUCAGCGCAGAUUUGAAGGAACUGAGUCUCGUAGAGGUGGAAUUUAGGAAUGACUAUGAGGAACUAGCACAGCAGUGUAAGACCUUUGCAAAAGAUCUCCUAGCACAGGCCCGGAAUUCCCGUGAAUUAGAGGUUAUCUUAAAUCAUACGUCCAGUGAUGAACCAAUUGACAAAAGAGGAUUGCUUGAGGAGAGGAUGAACCUAAGUCGACUUAAACUAGCAAUUAAGUACAACCAAAAAGAGUCUGUCUUAACACUGAGAAACGUAGUCAUUAUUCUCUGCAUGCAGUUUGUAAACCCAGACGUUGUUGGCUCUGGUUUGAAUGUAUCAUUUCUCCUCUGGAAUGUGCUUAUGUACAAUUUGUCUCUAGGAAUGGUGUGGUCAGAUGUGAAACGACUGUGGUAUGAUGGACUUGAAGAUUUUAUGGAGGAAUCUCGAAAUCAACUCAGUUUUGUCAUGAACUCAUUGUAUUUAGCAACAUUUGCUCUCAAAGUUGUGGCCCAUAAUAAGUUCCAUGCGAUUGGAGACAGGAAGGAUUGGGAUGCUUUCCAUCCCACUUUAGUGGCAGAGGGUCUGUUUGCUUUUGGCAACAUUCUCAGUUACUUACGGCUUUUCUUUAUGUACACGACUAGUUCCAUCCUUGGACCACUGCAGAUUUCCAUGGGACAAAUGCUGCAAGAUUUUGGGAAGUUCUUGGGAAUGUUUCUGCUCGUUCUGAUCUCUUUCACCAUCGGCCUUACUCAAUUGUAUGAUAAGGAGUUUUCGACGAUGGAAGGCAAGGAUUGUUCUGGAAUCUUCUGUGAGCAGCAGAGCAACAGCACCUUCCAUUCUGCCCAGGGAAAGACUUCAAGUGCCAAUUCAGGUAGACCUGCCACAGCUAAUCUGCUAAUGUUUGUUGGGACCUGCUAUGCCCUAUUCUGGUACGUUUUCUCCCUGGCACAUGUGGCACUGUUUGUCACAAGAUUCACUCACACUGAUGACCUGCGGUCUUUUGUUGGAACAUUUAUCAUUGGCACAUACAACGUGGUGGUUGUGAUUGUCCUGACCAAACUGCUGGUGGCGAUGCUACACAAAAGCUUCCAGAUGAUCGCUAAUCAUGAAGACAAGGAAUGGAAGUUUGCCCGAGCAAAGCUGUGGCUGAGCUACUUUGAUGACAAAUGCACUUUACCAUCACCAUUCAAUAUCAUUCCUUCCCCAAAAACCAUUUGCUAUCUCUUCACAAGUCUCAACAAAUGGAUCUGCUCUCACACCAGUGCUGGAAAAGUGAAACGCCAGAACAGCCUUAAAGAAUGGAAGACUCUCAAGCAUAAACGAGAUCAAAAUUACCAAAAAGUAAUGUGUUGCUUGGUCCAUCGUUACCUUACUGCUAUGAGGCAGAAGAUGCAUAGUACAGAUCAAGCAACUGAAGAGAAUUUGAAUGAACUGCGCCAGGACCUUUCCAAAUUUCGCAAUGAAAUGAGAGAUCUCCUUGGCUUCAGGACAGCAAAGUAUGCUAUGUUCUAUUCACGGAACUAAAAAGUAUUUGAGGGGACUAGAUCCAUUCAUGUUUCAUUCAUGUUGUAAGUAUGAAACUGAGUGAAAGGAUAUCUUUGUCAUUAUCUGUCAUUGUCAGAUAAUUAUGGUUUGUUUCAUACUUGGUUUAAUGCGAUCUAUUUUUGUAAAUUCUCAAGCUGAAAAUGUAGUUACAAUACAUGUGAAGUUUCUAAUUUAGAUGGAAUAUCACAACACAAAUAAUUGUCAAUAAUUUAUUGUAAGUAGAUACUGCCAUUUUGUUAUUAGGAGAAUGCUGCUGGUAUUUAUUUCCCUUAAAGAAAUUUUGCAUUCCUGACUCUACUGCUCUACAGUGGUUAGGCUGGAUGUUUCAAAAGUGCUUCAGAAACCCACAAUGCAUCUCAAAAAAACAGGAAAUGAAAUUUGCUUUACAUUCAUAAUGGACAUAUUAGCAGUUCCCAUUCAUUCUUACAUAAGUUAUUUUAACAAAGACAUCUGCUAACUUGACUUAAAUGUUUCUAUUAAAAUAGCAAAGAAAUUUCAAAUGAUUGUAUGAAAGCUUUCAUUGAAUAUCUAGCAUGAGCAAUUUCAAAUCUAUUGUUCAGAGACAAAACAGUUGCAUAUCUGCAUGCAGUAAUACCUGUAACGUGUUGGGUCAGUAAAAUGGUUCUUUUGCUUUGGUCUGUUUUUAAAUUAAGAUUUGAAAUAUAUUUUUCGUAAUUCUCUCGGGGUGAAGAAUGUCAGCUCUGGUAAAAAGGUACAUUCUCACAGGAAGCUUUUUAUGUGACUCAUAAUAAUUCAGUAACUGAGUUUUCAUAGUAAGAAUAUAAUGGGCACAGUUGCUAACUGUCAUAGCGAAUUGCUGUAAAAUAACUUAU